AUGCUUCUCAUUAGCCUAUGCUCUAUUGGGAGUAACACGCAUAACAUUCUCAAUGAAUAUAUAAUGACGAAAAAAGAAUAUUAUCUGGUUACCAAGAGAACACAAACUAAUUUUUCAUUGUGGUUGCCAUUGCUGUUCUUUAGUUUUCAAAUGGUAAACAAUCUCUAUUUAUUGACUAAUAUCAAAAGUAUUAAUUAUUAG